AUGGGUCAAAACUUCAAAGUCCUUCUGGCCGUAUCACCCCCACUACUAAGCCGUUGGAAACAAAUGCUCAAGACGGAGCCAACGGCACGAAGCUCGACCGAGCCACAUCACACCUACAGCGCGCCGCAAUCCCCUCUACUCCAGAACGGCUCUCUCCACCAUAUGAUCACCUCCGCCCCAGACGUUCCCGCAAUGGCUAGCACUUUCUCCAACCCCGUCAAGCCCGCACCCACCAAUGACUCGGUGAACUCUGAUUCUACACUGCCGUGUUGGCAGCAAUACAAGGAUCAAGGUCCCGCAGCUCAUCGGCAUACUUGCUUGUAA